AUGUCCUCUCCCAGCACUGGCAAGCAGAAUACAUUUGGCCGUCGCGUACAAACGCCCGAAUCGUUCAACAGACUGCACAAACCAUUUAAAUGCCCCGGAGCAGCUCUGGAUCCAUCAAUAUCUAAUCGUCCAACAAGAAAACGGAGAAAAAUUGAUUAUCGAGUUUCUAACAUUGACGCCGAUAAGGACAAGGCUUAUGAUGGUGCUGACCGCUUACCCCUCGCAAACCGCAAUGCGAAUGGGUUCCCUGUAUUCCAAGCGAAAGACAAAGAUGUUGUUUUUCGGAAAGCGUUCGUCAUUCCUCUAAAGGACAAAAACACUACCUCGUAUAACCCGUCUCGCCCUCCUCCGACGCUGGGCCUAAGGCAAGGUGCGGUCUCCAGUCCAAAGCCACUACACGACCCAAGUGGCGAGUUCUCGAUUGUACUAUACGACCCCACUGUUGAUGACAGGGCAAAGAAUGAUUUAGAGGAAGAAAUUGUCUCAACCGGGCAACAGAAUCCAACACGAGAGCUCGACGAACCAUUGGUUCACAAGAGUCUUGCCGAGAUCCUUGGGAUUAAAAAGAAACUGAACCAUGAGCAUCCCAAGGUGCCGGUUGUCAUUGAUCCCAAGCUUGCAAAGACACUGCGUCCUCAUCAGGUUGAGGGAGUUAAGUUUAUGUACCGUUGUGUAACGGGGAUGACAGAGGCGAAGGCCAAUGGAUGCAUUAUGGCCGAUGAGAUGGGGCUAGGAAAGACACUUCAAUGCAUCGCCUUGAUGUGGACUCUUCUCAAGCAAUCACCCGACGCCGGCAAAGCGACGAUACAGAAAGCUAUUGUCGUCUGCCCCGCCAGUUUGGUCAAAAACUGGGCGAACGAGUUGACCAAAUGGCUUGGUGCUAACACCAUCACUCCAUUUGCCAUCGACGGAAAAGUCAGCAAGGAAGAGCUAACCAGACAACUGCGCCAAUGGGCCAUCGCCUCCGGUCGAGCAAUCACUCGGCCUGUCAUCAUCGUCUCAUACGAAACCCUCCGCCUGAAUGUUGAGGAGCUGAAGCACACCAAGAUCGGACUCUUGUUUUGCGACGAGGGUCAUCGUCUCAAGAAUGGGGAUAGCAACACCUUCAAUUCCCUGGAUAGCCUCAAUGUCACACGGCGCGUGAUUCUAACGGGAACCCCUAUACAAAACGAUCUGACAGAAUACUUCUCCCUCACCAGUUUUGCCAACCCUGGUCUUCUGGGGUCGCGGCUCGAAUUUCGCAAACGGUUUGAGAUACCAAUUCUUCGAGGACGAGAUGCCGAUGCAUCCGAAGCAGACCGUAAACGAGGGGAUGAAUGCACAGCAGAGCUUCUGAGCAUAGUUAACAAGUUCCUCAUUCGGCGGACAAACGACAUAUUGUCCAAGUAUUUGCCAGUGAAGUACGAGCACGUCGUAUUCUGCAACCUUGCUCCCUUCCAGCUCGACCUGUACAAUCAUUUCAUCACAAGUCCUGACAUUCAAGCUCUCCUUCGUGGAAAGGGAAGCCAACCGCUGAAAGCUAUCAAUUUGCUCAAGAAGCUGUGCAACCACCCCGAUCUCCUGAACCUCUCAGAAGACCUUCCUGGCUCGGAAGUGUGCUUCCCAAGCGAAUACGUGCCGAAGGAGGCACGAGGGCGCGACCGUGACGUCAAGGCAGAGUUCUCUGGCAAGAUGCUGGUUCUCGACCGGAUGCUGGCGCGGAUCCGACAAGAUACCAACGACAAAAUUGUUCUUAUCAGCAAUUAUACGUCGACGCUAGAUCUUUUUGAACGUUUAUGCAGAUCGCGCCAGUACGGCAGCCUCCGUCUCGACGGCACCAUGAAUGUUAACAAGCGCCAAAAGCUAGUAGACCGAUUCAACGAUCCAGAUGGCGAAGAGUUCAUUUUCCUACUCAGCAGCAAAGCAGGCGGCUGUGGUAUCAACCUCGUCGGCGCCAACAGACUUGUGCUGUUUGAUCCGGACUGGAACCCGGCUGCCGAUCAGCAGGCCCUGGCAAGGGUGUGGCGCGACGGCCAGAAAAAGGAUUGCUUCGUCUAUCGCUUCAUCGCUACUGGGUCAAUCGAGGAGAAAAUAUUCCAGCGUCAGUCUCACAAGCAGAGCCUCUCCUCUUGCGUCGUCGACUCGGCCGAGGAUGUGGAGCGGCACUUCUCGCUGGAUAGCCUGCGCGAGCUCUUCCAGUACCGCGCAGGCACGGACAGCGACACACAUGACACCUUCAAAUGCAAACGGUGCAAACCCGAUGGCAAGCAGUUUAUAAAAGCCCCGGCAAUGCUCUACGGUGACACGAGCACGUGGAACCAUCUAGUCAAUGGUGGGCUGAAAUCCAUCCAAGAUCUUCUGCUGAGGCAAGAGUGUGGCUUGUCAGAGGUAUCGGCCGUGUUUCAAUACAUAUCGCAUUGA